AAAACACCUGGAAUUCACACCUUAAAUCCACUCCUCCCGGCCUCCCAUUGGCGGAGCGGCCACAUAUAUCCGUGCGCGUCGACCGGGAGGAUGGAUGCGGCCUUCGGCACAGUCAAACCACCAACACCACAGCCAUGCGUUUCAGCCACGACCCUGCUCCGUUCCAGCUUUGCGCGAACCACGGCGCCGUGUACGAGGUCGAGGAGCUGGGCUCCGCUGACGGGGAGCAUGCGGCCGAGGAGCUGUCGCCGAGUUCGGGGCCCUCCAGCCCGCUGUCCGAGAACUCGGACUCCAGCUGCGCCAGCCCCAAGGGAAAGACUGCGACGACUCAGCCGAGGGUCAGGAGGCCCCUGAACGCCUUCAUCAUCUGGACCAAAGAGGAGCGCAGACGGCUGGCGCAGCUCAACCCUGACCUAGAGAACACGGAUCUGAGCAAAAUACUCGGAAAAACCUGGAAGGCCAUGUCCUUGGCUGACAAGCGUCCAUACAUGCAGGAGGCUGAGCGUCUGCGGGUCCAGCACACCAUCGACUAUCCCAACUACAAGUACAGGCCGCGCCGGAGGAAGCAGCUGAAGAAGAGCUCCAAGAACGUCUCCGCAGAAGCUCCCCUGCCGUCGCUCUGCAGCUCGGCCUUCAACGUGCCCUACAACCUCACCUACCUCCUCCAGAACCAGCAGCAGACCUUCCCACACCCUACGAACAACGUCACCCCUUUACACAGCGGCUACACCAGCACCCCCGUCUUUCCACACGCGGUGGAUGACUUCUCAGACAGUCCCGUCAUGUACUCAAACCUUUCUCCGUACUCCUCUGCAGAGCCCCAGGUGUAUUUUGGCGCUCCCAUGCAGUACGGUUUCUCCAGCACCGCAGCACCCCUCGUGGAGCAGGGGGACUCCAGACUAUACGGGGGCCUGCAGUACCCCGCCGGGCCCUCGCUGGAGUUUUAUUUAGAACGGGUUCAGCUGGACAUGCUGUACGACCUGGACCGCAGCGAGUUCGAACAGUAUCUGGGUCCGAAGACUCACAGGCCCGAGUCAGUGGAUCCCAGCUGCUACCAGCAGCAGAGCGGUCACAGAGAGGGACGCUCAGUGUCAUGAGACUGCUCCAAAAUUGUGUAUUUAUUUAAAUUAUUUCAGCGUUGGCUGCUGGAAAUGUAUAUUGUGCAUUUGUUUUUUUG